GAGCUGGGGGGGGUCUUGAGCUCUCUGGGGGGGUGUCCUGGGGCUCCCCUGGGUUCAGUGGGGUGUCCCAGACCCCCUUGGGGGUGUCCCAUCCUCCUCAGGGUUCUGUGCCGGGGUGUCCCAGAGCCUCUGUGGGGUCUGCUGGGACUCCCGUGGGGUCUGUGUGGGGGUGUCCUGGGGUCCCCGUGGGGGUGUCCUGAGGCUGCCGUGGGUGUUCCUGGACCCCGCUGGGAUCCGAGGUGCCCCCAUGCCCCCCUGUGCCCCCCAGGGAGGUACAUCCCCUCCACGCAGCGGCCGGACGGGACGUGGCGGAAGCAGCGGCGGGUGAAGGAGGGAUACGUCCCCCAGGAGGAGGUGCCCGUGUACGAGAACAAAUACGUGAAGUUUUUCCGGAGCAAACCGGAGCUGCCGCCGGGGCUGAGCCCGGACACGGCCCCGGCGCGGCCCCCGGGGCCCCCCCAGGGCCCCCCCCCCGAGCAGGGGCUGUCCAAGGCCGCCCGCAGGAACCUCAAGCGCAAGGAGAAGCGGCGGCAGCAGCAGGAAAAGGCCCCGGAGCGGCCGCAGGACACGGACGGACUGAGCCCGGCGCUGGACAAGCUGUCGCUCUCGGAGCCCGGCGGGACGGGAGGGGCCCCCCCGGCCCAGGGGGGUGAAGGCGCCGGGAAUCCCGGGAAUUCCGAGCGCAGCCGCCGCAUCAAGAGCCUGCGGAAGAAGCUGCGGCAGGUGGAGGAGCUGCGGCGGCGCCUCGAGGCCGGGGGGCUCCCCCAGCCCACCCAGGAGCAGCUGGAGAAGCUGGGCCGGAGGAAAGCGCUGGAGGACGAACUCAGGGGGCUCGAGUCGGACUCGUAGGGGGGGUUGGGGGGUCUCUGGGGGGGGCUGGGGAGGGGGGAGGGCGGGGCGGGACAGGAUGGUUGUUCCCGGCGAGGACCCGGCGGCUCCUGGUUUUUAAUGGGAUCGAUGUGGGUUUAUGUGGGAGGGGGCCGUGCCCCCCCCCCGUGCCCCCCCCCCCCUUCCCCCCCCCCGCUCUGUGUCACCGCCCCCCCCCCCCCCCGGUUAUUUUUC